AACAAAGCGGUUGUCAAAACAACGUCAUCAGUUUCCAAGACAAAACUUUUCGUAAAGGAAAUUUUCCCGUUCUUUCUGCACAACUGUUAAGAACUUCUCCAAGGGAUCAAGUUAUUCUGGUAGUUUUGUGCCGUGAACAACCUAUUCCGCAUAUAAGUUAAAAUGUCUCAAGAGGUAGAGGAAACUUUGAAACGGAUCCAAUCGCACAAGGGAGUCGUAGGAACGAUUGUGGUCAACAAUGAAGGCAUUCCGGUGAAAAGCACCCUAGAUAACACGACCACCGUCCAGUACGCAGGCCUGAUGAGUCAGCUAUCGGAUAAGGCUCGCAGUGUGGUGCGUGAUUUGGACCCUUCGAACGAUUUAACCUUCCUGCGGGUGCGUUCCAAAAAGCACGAGAUUAUGGUCGCUCCCGAUAAAGACUUUCUACUGAUUGUUAUUCAAAACCCAACAGAUUAAAACUAUAUCUUUCUUUGGUCGUCGGAAUGGUCGUCAUCAUAGUGAGUACGAUAUUUUAUUUGUCAUUUAUUUUUAAUAGAAUAAAUCGAUUAAAACUGGUAUUUAUUAACUACAUUGGUGUAACAAGUUAAAAGUCUAUAAUACAAUGAUAAAAUGUUUUUGGAAACUGCUAUAAUACAUUAAAAAGAAACAAGAUGAAACAUAUUUGCAA